CCGCCCACAGGAAGUACCUGUUUCAGGACAGGUAGCACUACAGGUAGUGUGAGGGUUUUGGGUGUUAUCUCAUCGUCGACGAUAUUUUUUUAAAUGAAAAAAACAACAGUAAGUUUUAAACUCGUUCUGUUUUGGAAAUUUGAUUAAAUACCUCAUUGGUUUAAGUAAAGUUUAUCGGACAGAUAGUGUCAGGAUGGCAACCAAGGGCUCAAUGGCCAAUAGGCCAGAUAACACCGCGUUCACUCAGCAGCGACUUCCAGCCUGGCAGCCCAUUUUGUCUGCUGGCAUCGUCAUCCCCGGCUUCACUCUCAUCGGCUUGGCCUUCAUCGGCAUCGGAGUGGCGCUUUUUGUCACCUCACAGAACAUUAAAGUGCUGGAGAGAGAUUACACAGGCAUUUCGAGUGAUUCUUCCUGUUCCAAGUGUAUCGACCCUGCUAAAAUAGGCUGCACAUGUGCAGUCAAUUUCUCCUUCAGUGAGCUUUUUGAGGGCCCUGUCUUCUUCUACUAUGCCAUGACCAAUUACUAUCAGAACUACAGAACAUACGGCGUGUCUGUAGACCCCAACCAGCUGGUGGGGGAGACGACGUACAUUCAGUCUCCAGAUAGCACCUGCUCUCCCUAUCAAAAUACUUCCAACGGAACACCUAUCGUUCCCUGCGGAUCCAUAGCAAACAGCAUGUUCAAUGACUCCUUUACGCUGUACCAGGUUGUCAAUGGACAGAAUGUACUGGUUCCAUUUGACCGGAAAGGAAUUGCAUGGUGGACGGAUUACAACAUCAAAUAUAGGAAUCCUGCUUUUGUCAACGGCUCCUUUGCAAACGCUUUCGCUGGUACAACGAAGCCCAUAAACUGGCAAAAACCGGUGUAUGAGCUGGACCCAAAUGACCAGGCCAAUAACGGCUUUCUGAACCAGGACUUCCUGGUGUGGAUGAGGCGUGCAGCACUUCCUAACUUCAGGAAGUUGUAUGGGCGAAUCACAGGGGGAGCUUAUGCAAACGGUUUGCCUGCUGGUAACUAUACCUUAGAGAUUAAUUACAACUAUCCUGUCAAGAGCUUCGAAGGCACAAAGUCAGUGGUUUUCACCAAUGUUUCCUGGAUGGGAGGAAAGAAUCAGUUCUUAGGCAUUGCCUACCUUGUUAUAGGAUCUCUCUGCAUUGUCAUGGCAAUCGUCAUGCUCAUUGUUUAUGCCAAAUACAAGUUUUCAGACGACGAUAGUGCAUAAUGUGGUUGUGUUAGGUUUUACUAAUCCUCAGGAUGUUUCAGCCAGAUCACAGGUUUGUAUUUUUCAGUGUUUUAAAACCCUUCGAUACAUUGCUUAAUUAAGACAGUUCAGUUAACACAACACCUUCUUAUCUGUCACUCAAACGGAUAAAUUUUGUUCAUGUGCCAUGCGACUCUUCUCAUCUCAUAGUCACCAACGAGACAUUUUCUGACAUAACUCUCUGCUACUGAUUCUAUUACUGCAUGGCUUCUGGUACUUUGACAUUAAUCUGUAUGAUCUCUAUUACUUUUGCGUAAACAGCAGAGCCUUCACAUUAUAAUUUAUAUGUCUGAGAUCGUUUAAAUUAUUUCUCCUCUUAAACGCCAUUGUUACAGUGCUAGAAUUGUGACCUUCAUCUGUGUCAGGGUGGAGUUUUCCUUGUAAGGCUACACUAUCUCCAAGCCUGACACAAAUACACACGUCGUCAUACUAAAAUGACUCUUAAUUCUCAGUAUAACAGACACACACAGCUCAGUAUAGCUUUUAUUAAUCCUCUUUUUCGGUUCUAUUUAUAUUCAGUAAGAUAGGUUGUAGUCAGUGUUUCCCAGGGAAUGUGUGAAAGCUAAUUCACCUCCUUCAGAGUAUUUUAAAAAUCCUUAAAGCCAUAAUCAAAAGCCAACACACUCAUUUUUAUUUUACUAUUUAUUUAAUUCCGGCUUUACCCCUUAUAUGAGGAUUUGUAAUGUACUGUAUGAGGAUCUGUUACUAAGCAAUUGCAUUUUAGUACUGUGCUAUAAAAAAGGUUUCAUAUUUAAUAAUUACCUACAAAGUAUAUUUCAACUAAACCGAACCCUAAUUUAAGAGUAAUUAAUUACAUCUAUUAUAUUCCUUUUUUUUAUGAUGGUACUGUUCUGAGAGAAAUUUUUUACCACCAUGUUCAAAAUGUCUCUCUUUUGUGAAAUCAGAAUCAUGGGUGACUUUUCAGGGACUGCUGCACUAUUCUGUAUGUUUUGUCAUCUCAGGGUGUGUAAAUUUGGGGUGCAUUUUUAUAUUUUUGUAAAUUUGCUGUUUUGUAAACAUGUUGAAAAAGCCAAGUUUAUGCCCAAACUAUAGGUAUUGAUUCAAUUUCUCUGUUUAACAUCAAUGUUCCCAUUGCCAAGGUUGUUUCAUUAAUGAGAUCCUCAGGAGUGGAACUCGCUAUUGCCUUCUGACACAUUUCUAACUCAUUUCUAGCUCUGAAUAAAAAGGCAGGCAAAGCUGGUCAUAUGUGAAUUCACAAAAUGUCUUCACAAAACAAUCUUAUACUGGCUCGCUAGUACAGAUUUGGUUGAAAAUGUUAUGGUUUUAAAAUAAGUUUAGUUAAUAAUGACCCUGUACAUCAAUCUGUAUAAAUAUAGUGUGCAGAGAAACAAAGGAAAUGGGAAUUGGUGUUGACUUUGGUGUUCAGGAAAUAAGGGAGCGUCAGUGUGGCUUGCUCAUAAGAGUAUUGAAAGAGUGGUGAAAUGGGAAAAUACCACAGUAAUGUUUGUGUGAUCUGCAAAAAAAAACGGUCGAAUAAAUUUUUUUCAACAAUA